UUUUUUUUUUUGGAUGCGAGAAUGCCCGUGUCGGACUGGCUGCGUCAGCUGCGCGCGUUGCUGUCGACGUGGACGUCUCGCCCUGCGCCGUGCUGCUCGUCAAGCGGACUACUGCGCCAUGUCACGUCGAACGUGGUGCUGAUGACGCUGCCAGACCCGAUGGCCGCUGGGCUGGACGAGCACGGCGACGCGGCGUCAUCACUCCACCAUCUCCUCCAAGCGUCGGCGUCAGCGUCUUCCUCCUCUGCAGCCUCGUCUCCCGCUGCGUCGUCGCCGUCAGCAUUCGCGCCGCCGUACGUCUACCCACGCAGUCAGUCGCAAGUCCCGGCGUCCGUCAUUGCUGCCAACAGACGACGAAGGAUAACGGCAGCAGAACGACUGCUCCGAUCAAAGCAUGGCAAGCGAUUCAUGGUGUACAACACGAGCGACACCCCGCUGCUCAAUGCACGCAACGCAGAUGCCGUGUUUGAUGGCAAUGUCGUCGAGUUUCAUUCCCCGUGCCAAAACCUGUCGCCAGAUGCACACCCUCUCAGCCUGGAUGCGUUGCUUGUGCUGUGCCGCUCAAUGCGGUCUUGGUUGCACGCGCAUCCCAAGAACGUCGCAGUGAUUGUGACUGCUCCGCGCCAUGCGUCGCUGGUCAUUACGUGCUGUCUCGUGUACUGCAGCUUUUUGCAGGCGACGGAAGGGGCCGAAGUGCUGGACUUUUACCAGCGUGAGGCGACCGCCUGCCAAGAGCUGAUUGCUGCAACAGGCCAAACGCUACCGUCCCACCGCCGGUUUGUGCUGGCGUGGAUUAAGCUUCUCGCGCGCAAAGGCCACUGCGACGUGCUCAUUGACACCUCGCGCUUGGUGUCGAACGCCAGCUGGCAUGCCAUCAGCCGCCAUCGCAGCUCGAGCGUCAACAGCGCCAACGGCAACAGUGGCGCCGAGCCGCCGCACUCUGGAGACCAUGGCAGCGGUGCUGGUGUCGAUGCAUCGCACCACAAUGGUGGCAACGCUGGCAGCUCUGCUCGCGACAAUUCCACCAGCAUGCGUCUCGGCGCCCUCUUGUCCGCCUCGAUUCAGACGACUCUCGGUGCGUCCAUCUCCGCCAAACAAAAGGCUAGCGCGCCGGAAGCCGAUCCCCGGCAACUCGCACUGCUUGCGCGCGGUGAUCUAGAUGACUUGUGGGAGGACGAGGCCCCGCGCGGACGAACUAGCUCUGGCUCGAGCGGCUCGCGCUCGCGCCGGAAUAGCGGGGCGGGCCAUGCAGCUGUCAGGCACGCCAGUGACGACAUCGACAUGGUCACGGCUCACCCUCGACAGAGCACGAAAUGUUAUCAAGUGGUCUUGCAGUCAAUCUCGUUGGCGUCGUUGCCCAACUUGGUCAAACCCUCGACGACGCCCUAUCGCUUGUCAAUCUUGAUUGCCCGCAAUGGCGACGUUGUCUAUUCCUCCAUGGUCGCCGAUCGCGGCCCAAAGUCGUUGCCCCAAGGAGCAACCACUGUGGCCUUUGCCGUCAAUCGAGAAUUGAGUGGCGACUAUUGGCUCAAAGUCUACUGCAUGUCGAACGCUGGUCCUGGCAUUCUUUUAUGUGAUACGACCUUCCACACCUGUCAGGUGUCUGUUGCCGAGAGUACUCUGUACGUCCAACGGUCGGAGAUGAACACCAGUGCCCGAAACAGCGACCUGUUUCCUGAAGAUUUUGCGCUCGCUCUGCAGUUCAGCGUACAACUCAAGGAUCCCAUGCCAGCAGCACUGCCUGCUCUGCUUGCGAGCGGCAGCAGUAGUAGUAGCAGCAGCAGCAGCAGCCGUGGUGGUGUUGCAAUGGGGAGCACGGCCAAUCUUGCCAGCACCUCCACCGAAAUCCUUGCCGACCACCUUGCCCGUGCGUCUCCGGUCGCCCCUGCAACUCGCGCGCAAGCGACCGAUUCGACGAGCAAAAACGAGCGCAGCAUCCGCCGACAGACCCUUCUUGAUCAAACGCGACGCGAUGAAGAAAUGGCCCGAGAGUUGGCGGCUCAGUUUGAGCGCGAGCUAGCUGCCGAGGCUGCUUCCGCGUCGGGCUUGACAACGCCUAGUAUGACUCGCCAGUCGCUUCCUUUCGUGCCGUCCACCUCUGGAACUCCGUGGUCUACACGCCGAGACAUUCCUGCGCGGAACAGUCGCAGCGUGUUUUCUUCCGACGACUUUGCUGUUCUGUCCUCCAGCCUUCCCACCAGUGCGUAUCGAUCGCGUCGCUCCAGUACCGCGACUGUACCGAGCAACACGCCGACUCUAUCCUCCCCUCUCGCCAGUAGUGCUGCGAUGCACGAAGAGGUGGAAGAAUGCCAAGUGUGUCGGCAAGCGUACGACGAUGGCGAGCUUGUCAAGACCCUGCCCUGCUUUCACCGCUAUCAUAGUGCGUGCAUUGACCCAUGGCUGCUCACAAAAGGGCAGUGUCCAGUCUGCCACACUUCCAUUCUGAUUGCCGAAGAUCGAGAGUAUGAUGAUUGAUUUUUUUUUUUUUUCCUAGCUGGUUCCCGGCGGAUGUUCUCGGUUUGUAUUUGUUUGGACGUUUUUGGUUUUGUUUCUGGCUGUGUACUUUUAUGUUGUUUAAUAAGAAUUUUGCUUCA